AUGGCAAUUAAAAUAAUACAGCAAGACAAUAACAAUACUCUAGACAGACAACAUAAUGCGAACACGAAAAAUGAUAUGGAAAGCGACUCGGCAUGGACAGAGGUGGGCAACGUAAAAAGCAAAAAGAAACGUAAAAGGCAUAAGGCAGAAAGAGAGGCAAAAAGCGAUUGUGUGGAAGAAAAUGAGUUGCCUAAACAAACAGCGAAACCCCAAACAAAUACCUCUAGCAGCCAAGAGCAAAAUGAUGAUCUCCCGUGUGCUAACAAGCCUAUUUCCACUAGAAAUAAUGUUAUUAUUGCAGGGGAUUCCAUGGUAAAUCAUCUUAAGAGAAAAUUUCUGCAAAGACUGG